UACCUAAUAAAUAUGAAAGCCAAUGACCAAUAAUGAUGAACGUGUUCCAUUCAUGAUUCAUCAAUUGCACCAUGUCAUCUUCCCCAGCAAUUCAAAACCAAUUAGCCUUUGACUUGCAGGUGCAUCCACCACCAUUCCUCCCACCCCUUUUUGCUUUGAACAUCAAUUGAAUAAAAGAUUCAAGUUUUACUAUAUAUGACUUCACAACUCAGCACAAGGCAAAACGCCAAAACCCAACCCUUUUCCUCUAUCCUCAUACAUCUGAACCUCCUCCGAGGUUGUUUUUCCAACCGUGAAAAAGCCUAUGACACUGCCAACGCCAAAUUUGAUGUCUCCAGCCAAACUUUCUUCUUUGGUUUGAAUUUUGGUACCUGGGUGCCUUUACUCUUUUGUCCUUCCCUUUCUGGUACCUAGAUGUUUCCAACACUUUUUGGUUGUUAUUAGCCAAUGUAGAAAAUUGUGAUCAAACUGAUCAGUUUUGCCUUGAGGUUCCAUCAGCAUCAGAGUUUGAGUCUUAGAGUUUCUGGGUUUCCCUGGAAUACUUCAUUUUUCAAUUUUGAUAUUCAUCAAUCCCCUUUGCAAUUGUUUCCCGAAUUAAUUUGAUUCUCCAUAUUGUACUUUAGUUGUUUGUUGAGACAACUGUUACAGCAUUUAGCAAGAAGUUACGUUUGUUGUAACCUGUUGUUUCCUUGUUGAUCGUUUUGCCACUCUGGUUUGGCAUCUACUUUAUUCAAAUCACAAUUUGUUGUUACUGAAUUCUUUACCUGCAUAUAACUACCUUGUUGAACUUCUCAUCACAUACUACAUACAACUUAUUCCCUUUUUUCCUUUUUGGUUACAUUACAUCUGCUAUCAAAAUUUAUUGCUUCUGAUCUGUGAUAGGUGUUCCACAACUUUAGUAUCGAUAUUCUGUAUAUUGUAAGUAAUAAAGUACUUUUGUUGCAUUUAAGUGCACACUUGCUAGUUUCACUUGAGAUUGAUAUUCGUUUGUGAAUAGGAAAGUCAGAAAAUUUGGCAUAUUGUGGGAAACCCCCAUUUCGGAUUCCAUCUUACAUCUUACAUCUUACUUAGUAUGUGUAUAGGCACACAUAAUGUCAAUUGUCUGUGGCAUACCUCUUGUUGAGUGUGUUUACUGUUUGGCUUGUGCCCGUUGGGCUUGGAAACGAUGUCUUCAUACUGCAGGCCAUGACAGCGAGACUUGGGGCCUUGCCACAGCAGAAGAAUUUGAGCCUGUCCCUCGCCUUUGUCGCUAUAUUUUGGCCGUGUAUGAAGAUGAUCUUCGGAACCCUCUUUGGGCACCUCCUGGUGGCUAUGGAAUCAACCCUGACUGGUUGGUACUCAGAAAGACAUAUGAAGAUACACAAGGGCGCGCACCGCCCUAUAUGCUGUAUCUUGAUCACGAUCAUGCUGAUAUAGUACUAGCCUUUAGGGGUCUGAAUUUGGCAAAGGAGAGUGACUAUGCAGUUCUGUUGGAUAAUAGAUUGGGGAAGAGGAAAUUCGAUGGGGGAUAUGUUCACAAUGGGCUGCUGAAGGCGGCCGGAUGGGUUUUGGAUGCUGAAUGUGAAGUUUUAAGGGAAUUGGUGGAAAAGCAUCCAAAUUACACUCUGACUUUUGCUGGACACUCCCUUGGAUCAGGAGUAGCAGCAAUGUUGAGCAUGGUGGUGGUGCAGAAUCGGGAUAGACUUGGAAAUAUCGAGAGGAAGAGGGUCAGGUGCUAUGCUAUUGCACCUGCUAGAUGUAUGUCUCUAAACUUGGCAGUAAGAUAUGCAGAUGUCAUCAACUCUGUUGUACUUCAGGAUGACUUCUUACCAAGGACAGCCACUCCAUUGGAAGAUAUAUUCAAGUCUCUUUUCUGUUUACCAUGCAUAUUGUGCUUGAGGUGCAUGAGAGAUACAUGUAUACCAGAGGAAACGAUGUUGAAAGAUCCAAGGAGACUAUAUGCACCUGGUCGCCUUUACCACAUUGUCGAGAGAAAGCCUUUUAGACUGGGAAGGUUUCCCCCAGUUGUGAGGACAGCAGUGCCUGUAGAUGGAAGGUUUGAGCAUAUAGUCCUUUCUUGUAAUGCUACAUCAGAUCAUGCCAUCAUUUGGAUAGAGAAAGAAGCACAAAGAGCUCUUGAUUUGAUGCGGGAAAAAGAUAACACGAUGCAAAUACCUGCAAAGCAAAUGAUGGAGCGGCAAGAAACUUUAACUAGACACAGUCAAGAAUACAAAGCAGCAUUACAAAGAGCUAAGACAUUAGAUGUUCCUCAUGCUUCUACACCACCAUCACAAUAUGGUACUUUUGAAGAGGAGGGAGAGGAGAGUUCAAGAAGGUCACAGGGUGAGUCUUCUUUUGGCUCGACUAAUAGGAGUACAGUGGAGGAAAGCUGGGAAGAAUUAAUUGAGCGUCUUUUCGAUAAGGAUGAGCAUGGCCACAUUGUACUCAAGAAACAAUGAUCAUGUAAUUUAAGCUGGCAUAGAUGAAUAUAAAGUAUAGCCAUGAACACAAAAUUUCUUCAUUCUUUUGCAUUAUUUUGGUGGCUAGCUGUAUAUUAAUGAUGGAACAACACGAAAUGAAGAUUUGAUAGAUUUGGUUAGGAA